CGGCAAUCACUACCAACUUUACGACGCUUCGAGUUUAAGGUUUGAAAAGGUAAACUCAGCUUCACAGCUCACUUAAGCUUUUCAACGGCAGGCUCUAUACAAACAAUAGAACACCCGAACAAGGAUUUUAAGUGAGUAAGCAGCUUCAGCAGCACCAGCUCUUCACACCAGGUCCUCCCUGAACUGCUGCUCAGUGUGAAUGAUGAACAAGCUUUCUCUUGGAGAUAAAACAGCUUCUAGCAGAUUAAACCACUGGGUGGAUCCGUCUUUCACUGAUCUGCCAGCAGAAAGCUUUUCUCUGCCUGGAAGGAGUAAGGUUUCGGGCUCUAAGGCUGAGCCCAAGAGGGCGAGGAAGAGGAAAGGAGAGGACAGCAGGCGGGACCCUGCAACAUCUUACCUGCUGAAAGAGCCAGGCCAGAGGGACCAGGAUGAACCCUGGGUGAACAGAUACAUGCCCUGUUCACAGGCUGAGCUAGCUGUCCACAAGAAGAAGAUUGAAGAAGUCGAGAACUGGAUUAGAGUCCACACAAAGUCGUCAAAGGGUGGUAUCUUACUGCUUACGGGACCAUCAGGCUGUGGAAAGACUACAACAGUCCAGGUUUUGUCUCGGGAGCUGGGCUUCAGGAUUCAGGAAUGGAUCAACCCCACCAACCUGGAGCCAUACAGCAGCAGUCAGGAUGAGUGGAGGAUGAAUGGAUUCUUCUGCAGCUCCCAGUUAGCCCAGUUUAAGGAGUUCCUCCUCAGAGCCAACAAGUACUGCUGUCUACGAAUGACGGAUGAUGAUGGAGCUACAGAAAGAAAGCUCAUACUGGUAGAGGAUUUACCCAACCAGUUCUACAGGCAGCCUGGCAGCCUGCACGAUAACCUAAGGCACUUUGUGAAGACCAGUCGAAGUCCCCUGGUGUUCAUAGUGUCAGACAGUCUGAGUGGAGACCGCAGCUCGCGCUUUCUUUUUCCCAGAGAGAUCCAGGAGGAACUGGUCAUCAGCACCAUCAGUUUUAAUCCAGUUGCUCCAACCAUGAUGAUUAAAGUCCUGACCCGCAUUUCAACCCUGGAAGCAGGAAAGAGCUGUGGAAGAAUGAGUGUACCAGAAAAGGGUGUGUUGGAGAUGCUCUGUAUCGGAAGCUCAGGAGAUAUUCGCAGUGCAAUCAACAGCCUACAGUUUUUUUCCCUCCCAGACACAUCCUUGGAAAAGGAACUUUGGAGAAUGAAAAAGGACAGACCUGUGAUUUCAGUGGGCAAAGUUGUUUCCAGAACAAACCAGAGGAAGAAUAAGUCCAAACAUACAAAGGAGCAGGAAGAGGAACAGGAACAGGCUAUUGGAGUUAAAGAUGCUUCUCUGUUCCUGUUCAGAGCACUGGGAAAGAUCCUGCACUGCAAACGGGCGAAUCAUGAAGCAGCUGAAGGUGUCCCUGCACCUGCCCUAUCGUCUCACCUGGCACAUCACCACAGAAAAACAUUAUUAGUAGAGCCUGAGUUUGUUGUUGAACGUUCACACAUGUCUGGAGAGUUCUUCAACUUGUACCUCCACCAGAACUACCUAGACUUCUUUUCUGAGGUGGAGGAUGUGGCCCGAGCCAGCGAGUAUCUAUCUGAUGCUGACCUCCUCACUUCUGAUUGGACGAGCCGAAGCACCAUGGAGGAUUAUGGGUCUUCAGUGGCCACCAGAGGUCUUCUUCACUCCAACUCUCAACAAGUUUCUGUUGGAUUUAGACCACUUCACAAACCCAGCUGGCUGCUAGUCAGCAAGAAGCACCGGGAGAACUGCCUGGCGGCUCAGUCCCUGUUCAGGAGCUUCUGUCUGACACCAGUCAGUCUGCAGACGGAGCUGCUGCCAUACCUGGCCAAACUCACUAGUCCUAUGAGGAACCAAGCUCAGAUAGCCUUUAUUCAGGACGUGGGUCAGAUGUCACUGAGGAGCUUCUCCAUCAGAUUAAAACUGGAGACUCUGACAGAUAAAGAGCCGGGCCAGCUGGAAACAGAUGGGGAGGAGGAGCAGGAGGUAAAAGAGGAAGGCCGGGGUGGAGCUGAGGAAGGUUUGCCAACCAGUCAGCCUCAACCUACCACAAAUCAAGUUCUUUUGGAGGAGGAGGGCUUGAUCAUCGAGGAAUAUGACAGUGACUGACACACACAGCUCCACCGUACACCCACUGUCAUACUGUGACACACUUGCCCUUUUUUGAUUGUCCAGUUUGUAUUGUAUGGAUUUUUGUUUAGUUAAUGUGUUUAGUCUGGAGGAAGUUAGGGCCAUGUGAAAUAGUACAAUAAGUUCUGAGGUUAAUUUUGAUACGUGAAAAAUGUAGUUACUCUUCAAAGGUUGCUAUACUUACAAUAUUUUGACUUUAGUUUAGCCUUUUUCCCAGAUUGUAUGAUUGAUCCCAGGACUGAAUAAAUUCCCCACGUGCCCCUAACCCUCUUCCAUAGAAGGUUGAUGACUGUGAUAACAGUUCUGGUAUUACCAGUCAUUUUUCCUAACUGAGGUCAUAUGUACAAAAUAUGUUUUCAAACAAGAUUGUUGUCCUGUAAAGUCUGAAUUGAAUGGGAUGCUGUGGCUUGUCACAGGCUCAUAUUGAAAGCAUAGAGAUUAAGUAUCAACAUUUUCCAAAGUUACCCUUAACAGUUCAUUUCUAGCUGCUGAAAAUGUGUCAGUAUUUAUUAGUUCUAAGUCUGCGUUCAGCAUUUGUUGUUUUUGUACUUUGCAUCUUUUUGUUUUGAUGAUUGAUUGUUGAGCCUGGAGUAUUCUGUCCAGGCUCUAACCCUAGCUGAUACUAAAAUCCUUGUGUCACUCUUUCUUGAUGGUGAAAAAUAAGAAAUAUUACAAUAAUGCUUAUUGAGGGAUAAAUUGUUUGAAUCUAAAUAAGCAUGUGAAUAAAAACAAUGUUUGAAAAGCUGA